AUGCUACAAGGAGAAGCUGAGAACUGGUGGAAGGGUGCAAAGGCAUACAUGAUAAGUGCGGGUACACCGAUGAACUGGGAGAAUUUUUGUACUGUAUUUCUAGAUAAAUAUAUUCCCAUGAGUAUAAGAAAACAAAAGGAAUUUGAAUUUACACAUCUUCAACAAGGAGACAUGUCAGUUGCUGAUUAUGUGGCAAAGUUCGAGGAACUAGCAAGGUUUUGUGCCCAAGCAGAGUACGCCCCAAAUGAUCGAUGGAAGAUAAAUCAGUUCGAGUGGGGUUUGAAUCCAGAGAUUAAAAGUAAUUUGGCCCAACUAGAGAUAACUUCUUAUGCCACUUUGGUUCAUAAAAGUUACAUUGUAGAAGAAAGUCUACGAAGUUUAAAGGAGAACAGACAACUCAAGUGGCAACAAAGGAGGGAUGUGGCAAAGAGUAAUCAACAAUUGAAGGUUAAGACGUCCCCUAAUAAAGGAAAACAGCCCCAAAACUCAGUUGUACCUCAAGCGAGGGGGCCAAGGGAAUGUCCUAAGUGUGGAAGAUCACAUCCAGGAGAAUGCUUGUACGGUAAGAACGUAUGCUUUUGGUGUAAGAUACCGGGACACAUGAGUCAAGAUUGUCCACAAAGGAAAAUGAAAAGGCUAGCCAACUCAAAUGGCCCACCCACUGGAAGAGUCUACACUCUUAAUGCUAAGAAGGCUAAGGGAAACAACGACUUGAUUGCUGGUGAGUGUUUUCUAAAUAAUGAACCUUUAAAAGUAUUGUUUGACACAGGUGCUUCUCAUUCCUUUAUACCCACGAAGUGUGUGUUGCGCUUAGGUCUCAAAUUAACUGAAAUUACACCUCCCAUGGUUGUCUCUACGGCGGCUGAGAGUGGUGUCGAAACCUCUUAUGUUUGUAAGAGUUGUCAUCUCAUUGUAUCUGAUAGAGUCUAUCCAAUUGAUUUGUUUUGUCUACCUUUGAAAGGAAUGGAUGCCAUCUUAGGAAUGGAUUGGCUUUCAGCUAAUCGUGUACUUGUAGAUUGUGAAGAAAAGAUUUUGUAUUUUCGUCCUGCUAUAUUAAGUAGAAAUGAAACUGAUUCCAUUCUACUUCCUAGUGUGUCUAACCUCUUACAAUGCCUAUGUAGUGGGGGUCAAAGUUUUCUACUAACAUCAUCUUCAGAUUCGGAACCUAAACUUGAUGUCGCUACAAUUCCAGUUGUGAAUGAAUUUUUAGACGUCUUCCCAGAAGAUGUAAAAUGCCUACCUCCAGAGAGGGAGAUAGAGUUCUCCAUAGACCUAGUUCCUCGUGCUAAUCCAAUUUCCAUUACUCCUUAUAGGAUGUCGCCUCUAGAGUUAAAAAAUACUAAAAGCUCAAUUAGAGGAUCUCUUAACUAA